CUACCGAGGCAUGUCUCUUUACUGUACAAGACAGCCGUCCGGUAGAAACGCUCACAUAUCAGUCAUGACCGAGGCGGAGAAUCAAGCCUGCGGACUAGAGCGAUGGUGACGGAAUAUUACGAGCAAACACUAACACGACGGGUGCUCGGACAGUCUCAGAGGGAAAGAAAGAUGCUUGGAGUAAAAAACAGCGACGUUUUACCCUCUGUUUCCGCGAUAGAGAGCAUAGGAGGAGAGUUUAGUUCGUCUUCAUUCAUCGGCGGAGUUUCAAUGAAAAGUCUGUCACACGGCACAGAGUCUGACUGUAAACAACAGUUAUAGUGUUACAGAUAUAUCAAGACACGCUUGACUUAGCGUUUAUUCUCCUUUUACAAUAGUUUAUAGCUGCGUUUCUGAGCUGUCGGAUUGUUCAGGAUGCAGGUGAAAAAGCAGAGGGGCUCCGAGGACCCUCAGCGGGAUGAUAAGAAGCCCUCAUGUUUCUCAAAUAUUAAGAUAUUUUUAGUGGCGGAAUGUGCUCUGAUGUUGGCACAGGGCACAGUUGGGGCAUACUUGGUGAGCGUGCUGACCACACUGGAGCGGCGCUUCAAUCUUCAGAGCGCUGAUGUGGGCGUCAUUGCCAGCAGCUUUGAGAUUGGCAACCUGGCCCUCAUUCUCUUCGUCAGUUAUUUUGGUGCUAAAGCCCACCGUCCUCGGUUAAUUGGCUGCGGAGGCAUUGUUAUGGCUUUGGGAGCGCUACUCUCUGCACUACCUGAAUUCCUCACCAGUCAAUACAUGAUAACAGACUCAUGGAGCAAGGAUCAGGGGCGAGACAUGUGCUCCAACACCUCUAAAGCUGAUGAACCGUGUGGGAAUAGAGCCAACACCAACAUGAUGUACCUGCUUCUGAUUGGAGCCCAGGUGCUGCUGGGUAUCGGUGCAACGCCUGUUCAGCCCCUGGGUGUGUCCUAUAUAGAUGAUCAUGUGCGGAAGAAAGACUCCUCUCUUUAUAUAGGUAUACUCUUUUCCACACUAGUGUUUGGACCUGCAUGUGGUUUCAUCCUGGGAUCUGUCUGUACCAACUUUUAUGUGGAUGUUUUGCUCAUCGACACAACUAUGCUGAACAUCACUCCUGAUGACCCCCGCUGGAUCGGUGCAUGGUGGGGCGGCUUUCUCCUCUGCGGUGCCUUACUCUUCUUCUCGUCCCUCUUCAUGUUUGGUUUCCCCCAGUCUCUGCCCUGCAAGGAGGUGGAGGGAUGUCUUGAGAGUGAACAGGCCAUGCUUCCCUCAUCUUUAGCCCAGGAUUAUGAGAAAUCCAAGCCCAGCAAUGGAGUCCUGCAGAACUACCAGCCCAACAGCAACAGCCUGUCCUGCUGCCAACAGCUCCGAGUUAUUCCCAAGGUGACCAAGCACCUGCUGUCAAACCCAGUGUUCACAUGUAUCGUCUUAGCUGCAUGUAUGGAGAUUGCUGUUGUCGCUGGCUUUGCUGCCUUCCUGGGCAAAUAUUUGGAGCAGCAGUUCAACCUCACCACCUCCUCUGCGAACCAGCUGUUGGGGAUGACAGCCAUCCCGUGUGCCUGUCUGGGCAUAUUUUUGGGAGGAUUGCUGGUGAAGAAGCUGAACCUGUCUGCUCUGGGAGCCAUACGAAUGGCCAUGCUGGUCAAUCUGAUCUCCACUGCCUGUUACGUGUCCUUCCUCUUCCUGGGCUGUGACACAGGACCUGUCGCUGGGGUGACCGUCGCCUAUGGCAACGAGACACUGCAAGUAGGCCAGAAGCCGGAAGCCCCCUGCAUGAGUCAUUGCAACUGCUACACUUCAUCCGUUAGCCCCGUUUGUGGCUCCAAUGGUGUGACCUACUUGUCCUCCUGUUUCGCUGGCUGCACCAGAACCAUCAGUCCUGGACUACCACCACCUCCUCGCUCUCAGAACCUGACGAGAUGCGCGUGCAUCUCCGAAUACAAUGAGUUUGCCACAGCGGUGCCAGGAAAAUGCCCACGCCCCGGCUGCCAGGAAGCCUUUCUCACCUUCCUGUGUGUGAUCUGUGCCUGCAGUAUGAUCGGAGCCAUGGCCCAGACGCCCUCCGUCAUCAUCCUCAUCAGAACUGUGAGCCCAGAGCUGAAGUCAUACGCCCUUGGAGUUCUUUUUCUGUUACUGCGGCUGUUAGGGUUCAUUCCCCCUCCUUUGAUAUUUGGUGCGGGGAUCGACUCCACAUGCCUAUUCUGGAGCACCGAGUGCGGGGAGAAAGGUGCAUGUCUGCUGUACGACAACGUGACCUACCGGCACCUGUACGUCAGCAUGGCCAUCGUCCUCAAGGUCGUGGCGUUCCUCCUCUACACAACCACCUGGCAAUGCUUGCGCAGAAACUACAAGAAAUACAUUAAAAACAAUGAGGGAUACCUUACGCCCACGGAAAUGUUCUCGUCCAGCGUGAAUCUGGACAGUAUCGGAAAGGACAGCAGUCAAAGCCAAGUCAACAGGACUAAAUUUAUAUAUAACCUGGAGGAUCACGAGUGGUGUGAAAACAUGGAGUCCGUUUUAUAGUGGGUUCAGACACCCACAUGCUAACUGAAGCAUCUUUCUACUGAACGAUCAUCCUAUGAGUUCAGCUCUUAUUCCAGGAUGUGCAGGACUGUUGUUGCACUUUAUUGUAAACUCAUUCAAACUGUUCUACUGGGUCCAUCUUGUUUUUAGAAGUACUGUUUCUCCAGUGCCAGUAAAAUGUUGUAGUAGUUAGUUGAAGGCGUGUACUUCGUUACCUGACUGUGUCAUUGACUGGUAACUGUUAAAUUUGUUAAAUUAGCUGACGUCGUACACAAAUGCAGCCACAAAAUGGCUGUUUCUACAAUUUUUCAAGUAAAGCUAUAUAUAUACAACUAAAAUUUUAAAAGUUUAACUCAUCAUCCAUCAUCAGGCUAGUUGAUAAUGUUCAUGUUGUCGGGCUCCAUCCCAGUCUGGGGAUCGUUUAGUACAUCACAAUUAUCAAUACUAAUUAUAUUGUAUGCAUACUGCAAUUUUAUAUAUAAAAAACAAUAUCAAUUAUUUCUCAAAACAUUCAAAGGGGUGUUUAAGAGAUGUUUUUCUUUCUAAGUGCUUUUUGCAGCGUUUGCUUUCUGCUGUUAUUUAUAUUGAUUAUUAAAGGGGCUAUAAUGUAAGAAUUUUCAUGCGUUAAUCGCUUUUAUAUUGCCAAUGUGUGACCAUCUUGUAACUUAAACUUAAGAAACGACACCUUUAACGACUUCCUAGGUUGUCUAUGAAAGCCUGUAAACUGAUUUUUACGUGAAGGACUCGGGCCGGUUUCACCGGGAAAAUUCAAAGGAUGUGACGGUUACGCACGCUCCCGAGAGCCUCUCCUCCGUUCUGUGACACAUGAAAUUAAUAUUUAUACAAUAAUCCGAAAGAGCUAUUCUGUACUGUAAUGUAGUGUGUCAUGCAAAGAAAAGUGUUAUUCAAACUAUAGUCUCACAUAACCAGAUCUAUAUAGUCUCAAAUAUACGUUAUAAUCAAACUAUCAACUGUCGACUGAUGCCGGUGAAUCGCAGAGCUCAUACAAACAUAUUCACAUCGCUACUAGAUGCUUUCUUAACCGCCGCCUUCUCUCGCUGUCAUUUUAGGUGUGUAUAUUUUGUUAUUGAGAGGAAAACUGCACAGCACAUAUUCGUAUUCAUCUUAACGUCACUCUCAGCAGCGUGGGCGUCGUGAUUUUUGCUGCAAACAAAGGUACUUCCAAAUUUUGACUUUUAUGCGAAGAACGUCGCCGUGUGAUUACAUCUGGGCCUUAAAUCACGUUCAGUCUCUUGUACGUUACGCGUGCGAGCACGAGCAAUAAGUUGCUGACUGCAGUUCACUUAACGGCCACCGGUGUCACUAAUAACAAGUGUUUCUGAAUUCUACAUAUAGCCCCUUUAAGGCCUAAAAUGUCUUAAUUUGUAACGGUUAUUGAUACUGUAUUAUUAGCAUCUUUAUACAUUUGUGCAAUAGUUGGAGAGCGUAUCUGAAAAAAGUUUUUUGUCUAUUAUGAAUAUAUUUUUUUCUUUGUAAGAUGUUUGUCAUUAGAUUUUGUUUUGGAUUAUGAAGACAACUAGAGAAUGAGACUGUUUAUGCAUAGUUUUAUUAAUGAAUAUAAGAAUGCCUCUUUAUUCAGAUGACAAUAAUGGCAUGUUUGGGAGACAGUAUGACUGACAUCAGAGAAGUUUUGGGGAAAAAGGCCAUUUUAUUAAAUGGCAGAAGACCAUUGUCAUUCAGAAGUAGUGCUCUGUUCUCGCUGCAGAGCAAAUAACAUUCAGGCUGGGCCUUGGUAUUUAUGAGUAGGAUGAAGAAUGACAUUUUAUACACUUAUAAUAUUACAUGUAAAGUGUGUUUCAGCUUUGGGUUGAGAUUAAAUGAUUUUUCCCCACUUCACUGCAAUAAGACAUGGCACUGUGGGUUCUUCAACAGAUUAUAGUGCUGUAUACAAAAGAGUGCAAAAACAACAACAAAAAAAGCAGUGUACUUUUCAUAUCAUUUUUUAUGCCAAAAUAAUUUUUAUUUUAUUCUGCAAAUAAAUUAUUUUUCAGAAAAUCUCA